UCGCUCCACUGUUUUUGUUCGACUGCAGAGCUUCCGGCUUCACUGCGUUACUUUGACGUUUCUGAAAGCACAGAAUGAAGCUCCGCGUGAGGAUCAGCAGACAGACCUGCCGCCUAGAGCUGCAGGGAGAAGAGCCGAGCCUGGCAGAGCUCCGGGCCCGGGUGAGGGAGUCACUGCUGACCCGCUUCGGGCUCCGCUCAGAUCUGGACUUUAGGCUGUCUCUGAAUGGUAAAGAGGAUCUGCUGGACACAGGACAGUCUCUCUCCUCCUGUGGCGUCGUCUCUGGUGAUCUGAUCAGUGUGAUUUUACCCGCUAGCAGCUCUGAGGAAACACAGCCGAGCCCGAGCAGUGCUGCAGCCCACCGGACACACACAGAUCAGCAGGCUGGUGGAUCAGACGUCAGCAGUAGCAGCAGUGUGAUGGAGCAGCAUGUGCAGGAGUGUGUGGAUCAGGAUCUGCAGGAGCGUAUGGAUCAUCAGCAGCAGGAGUGUGUGGAUCUUCAACAGGAGUGUGUGUGUGCUGCUGCUCCUCCUCCUCUGCUCUGCUGUGAGGCUGAAGACGGUCUCCUCCCUCUCGCUCUGGAGCGGCUGCUAGACUCCUCCACCUGCAGAAGCCCCUCCGACUGCCUAAUGCUGGCACUACACCUGCUGCUGCUGGAGACCGGCUUUAUCCCACAGGGUGGGGCCGUGAGCUCAGGGGAGAUGCCGAUUGGCUGGCAGGCCGCAGGGGGCGUGUUUAGACUCCAGUAUGUCCACCCUCUGCUGGAGAACAGCCUGGUGUCGGUGGUGGCCGUGCCCAUGGGUCAAACUCUGGUCAUUAAUGCCGUCCUGAAGAUGGAGACGAGCUUGGAGAAUUCCCGCAAACUGCUGCUCAAACCUGACGAGUAUGUGACAGCUGAGUGGACAGGCGGCAGCUCUGGUGUGGUCUACAGAGAUCUGCGCAGACUCUCUCGCCUGGUCAGAGAUCAGCUGGUGUAUCCGCUCAUGGCCACUGCCAGACAGGCUCUGGGUCUGCCGCUGCUCUUCGGUCUGCCUGUUCUUCCUCCUGAGCUGCUGCUGCGUUUGCUGCGUCUGCUGGAUGUUCAAUCUCUCGUCUCGCUGUCGGCUGUGUGUCGACACCUGAACACCGCUACCCAUGAUGCUUCACUCUGGAGACACCUGCUGCACAGAGACUUCAGGGUAAGUUUUCCGGCUGGACAUCAGCACAGAGACACAGACUGGAGGGAGCUAUACAAGCAGAAGUACAGGCAGAGGAAGGAGGUGGCGCGGCGGGGAAGACACUGGUUUUAUCCUCCCAUCAACCCUCUGAUCCCUUUCCCAUCAGCCCCAGCACCACUGCCACUCUACCCUCCUGGCAUCAUUGGCGGAGACUACGACCAGAUGCCUGUCAUCCUACCUCGGCCACGCUUCCACCCCAUUGGGCCACUCCCAGGAAUGAGUGCUCCUAUAGGCCGGCGCAGUCUGAGGCCGACAGGAAGUGGAGCAGCAGACGUGAGGAGAGGGUUUAUCUGAACGCAGGCAUUUGACUCUUAUUUUUCUUCAAUUUAACAUUCCGGACGGACAAAUGCAAGCAAAGUGGAAUAAUUGUCUCUUAGUAUUCUUUAUGAAAGCGUCACACGUGUUUGAGGCACAGAGAAGUGCAGUGACUGUAAUGAUUAAUUUGGAUUGGUUUGUACUUGAUGAUUGUUGCUGAAAUCUGAGUUUAUAGUAAAUAAAGUCAAGCCUGCUUCUCCUCA